AUGUCCGAUAAUCUGACAGGCGAUGAUCCGAAUGUUGAAAGUGCGAAAAGCGCUGUACCCGAGGAUCGCCCUGUCAGCGCCGAUGACUAUCCCUCAAAGGUCACAACAACCACAAAACACGAAGGCUCCGCGUCCGAGUUCGAUGUUUGGUGGAGCGUUCCUGAGGAUGAAGACACUGAUAACCCACGAAACUGGUCAGACUCUCAGAAGUGGACUAUCAUCUCUUCUCUGUCACUUGUCACUUUUCUCACACCUUUAGCGUCAUCCGUGUCUGCUCCUGGUGUUCCUCAGAUGUUAGCAGACUUCAAAACCGAUUCAACUUUACUUGCAACCUUCGUCAUCUCAGUUUUCGUGCUGGGCUUCGCAUUCGGACCACUUGUCAUCGCACCUCUUAGCGAAACGAUUGGCAGAGUGCCGGUAUAUCAUGUUUGCAACAUCCUCUUCUUGGUUUUCACGGUACUCUGUGCAGUUUCCAAGAGCAUGGCAAUGUUAAUUGUGUUUCGCUUUCUGGCUGGCUUUGCCGGCGUGGCACCAAUUACCUGUGGCGGCGGUACUAUUGCAGAUCUCAUGCCCCCAGAACGACGAGGUAUAGCAAUGUCAUUGUGGUCUCUUGGACCCUUGUUUGGCCCCAUCAUCGGGCCUAUUGCAGGGGGUUUUCUCGUCGAAGCAAAAGACUGGCGGUGGGUUUUCUGGGUUAUUGCGAUAGUGUCUGGAGCGUCUACGAUCUUGUGUUUCUUCACGUUGAAAGAGACAUACGCUCCGAUUAUACUUGAGCGCAAGGCCGGGCAACUCAGGAAAGAGACAGGGGAUUUUUCGUACCAAUCCCGUCUCCACUCAGAUAUACCCAAGAAGCAGCUAUUCAUACAAAGCAUCAUCCGACCUAUGAAGAUGCUUUUCUUCUCGCCGAUCAUUUUUCUCAUGUGUUCAUACGUGGCAGUCAUGUACGGUCUGCUCUAUAUACUCUUCACGACUUACACUUUUGUGUUUGAGGGCGAGUACCGGUUUUCUUCAGGCACAGCGGGUUUAGCCUUCUUAGGAAGUGGAGUUGGCAUGCUCUUAGGACUAGCCUUCGCCGCCACACAAAGCGACAAAAGAAUCAGAAGCAAGAUCGCCUCGGGAGAGCCUAUUCUUCCAGAAGACCGACUACGGUAUACACUCAUCAUUCCCGCAUGCCUCUGUCUGCCGAUCGGUCUGUUCAUCUAUGGUUGGAGCACGCAGUACCACGUUCACUGGAUUGUGCCUCAGAUCGGAAGCGCUGUGAUUGGAUUUGGUAUGAUCGCUAUCUUGAUGUGCAUUCAAACAUAUCUCGUCGACGCAUUUACUAUACAUGCGGCGAGCGCCACAGCAGCUAAUACAGUGCUGCGAAGCCUUUUGGGUGCACUCUUCCCAUUGUUUGGGCUAAAACUGUAUAACAAAAUUGGUCUAGGCUGGGGUAACAGUGUCUUGGGGUUUAUUGCCUUGGCAAUAGCCCCUAUUCCCAUAGGGUUUCGAAUUUUUGGCGAGCGGAUAAGAACAAACCCCAGGUGGCAGGUCAAGUUCUAG